AUGGCAGGUGGAAAAGAAGGACGAUCUUUGGAGGAAACACCAACUUGGGCAGUUGCUCUUGUUUGCUUUGUUUUGGUUUUGAUUUCAAUCCUCAUCGAAUACGUCAUUCAUUUGAUUGGAAAGUGGUUGACAAGGAAACACAAGCGAGCUCUCUAUGAAGCACUUGAGAAGAUCAAGUCAGAGCUCAUGCUGUUGGGGGCUGUUGGUGCCACUUGGCACCCAUGUAGUAAGAAGGAAGAGAUAGACGAUGAUAAAGACAAAAGUUCUUCUUCAGAUGGAGGCGACCGUAGACGGCUUCUCUCAGUUGCCGGUGCAGGGGCCCGGCGGGUUUUAGCCGCUGCUGGAAAGGACAAAUGUGCGGCCAAGAACAAAGUUCCAUUUGUGUCAUUUUACGGGAUCCACCAACUUCACAUACUCAUUUUCGUGCUAGCCGUCUUCCACGUGCUAUACUGCAUAAUCACUCUGGUUUUGGGCAGAGCAAAGAUGAGGAGGUGGAAAAUAUGGGAGUCGGAAACAAGGACAGCUGAUUACCAGUUCUCACAUGACCCAGAAAGAUUCAGAUUUGCUAGAGACACGUCAUUUGGAAGAAGACACUUGAGCUAUUGGAGCCGGUCUCCCAUCAGCUUAUGGAUUGUUUGCUUCUUCAGACAGUUUGUGAGAUCUGUGCCCAAGGUUGACUACCUGACUCUGCGCCAUGGAUUUAUCGUUGCACAUUUGGCACCUCAGAGCCAAGCCAAGUUUGAUUUCCAAAAGUACAUUAACAGGUCACUUGAAGAAGAUUUCAAGGUUGUGGUGGGGAUCAGCCCAACUAUCUGGUUCUUUGCUGUAGUGUUCCUGAUGUCUAAUACCCAUGGCUCCCGUUCUUAUCUGUGGCUGCCCUUUCUUCCAUUGAUUAUGAUCUUAUUAGUAGGGACAAAGCUUCAAGUUAUCAUAACCAAGAUGGGCCUCAAGUUGAAAGAAAGGGGAGAAGUUGUUAAGGGCACCCCAUUGGUUGAGCCUGGUGACCAUCUCUUCUGGUUCAACAACCCACGCCUCAUUCUCCAUCUCAUCCACUUUGUUCUCUUUCAGAAUGCAUUUCAACUUGCUUUCUUUGCAUGGACUUGGUAUGAAUUUGGCUUGAAGUCUUGCUUCCAUGAGAAGUUGGAAGACGUCAUUUUGAGAGUAUCAAUGGGGGUCAUCAUACAAAUACUAUGCAGCUAUGUAACUCUUCCUCUUUAUGCCUUGGUAACACAGAUGGGUUCAACUAUGAAGCCCACCAUCUUUAACGACAGAGUGGCAAAUGCUAUCAAAAAAUGGCACCUCUCGGCGAAGAAGCACUUAAAACACAACAAGAAUAGUCCAACCAGUGUACCAGGCACUCCCUUGCAUUCCAUGUCCCCUGUCCAUCUGCUGCGACACUAUCAAUCCGAGCACGACGUUGACAGUGUGCACACAUUGCAGAGAAUGUCUUAUUUUGAUGCCGACGGUCCAAACUCCUCGCCAUCUCCUCACCAAGAUGAUCUAUCUUGGUCUAACCAAGGUAGAAGCCAUGGCCAGGAGGAAGAGAUUAGUGCUCAUGAAUCUAACGCAGUGAACAAUCUGAUAGCUGGUUAUGGUUCUCGGAGUCAACAUGAAAUUCAAAUUCAUUCAGCAGAAUUCACAUUUGAGAGAUCAGAAAGGAGUUCAGAGAUUAAAAAGUAA